CUGGUUACCUUGAACUCUCAGUUACACAUUCAGUCACAAGACAUUAUAGGAUAAAGCAGAAGAAGAAUGGAGCUGCAACAUUUUGGCCAUGAGCAUCCACUGGAAUUCAAGUCUGAGGGUAUGUUUGAAGAAGAAGAAAAGGAAAAGUUGCCCAGUUAUAAUUGUUAUAUGUGUCGGAAAUCCAUUUCAUUGCCGGCCUACUUCUGUAGACAUUGUGAUUGCACCUGUCUCCACGAGACAUGUGCAAAGUUGGCUGAUCAGGAGAUUCUACAUCCAAUGCACUCAGCUCAUCCUCUUAAAUUCACCACUUUGGCUCAAUCCCUGCGCCGGUGUGAUGCUUGCUGGCAAGAUUUCUCUGGUUUCAGUUACAGUUGUCCAAAAUGUAAUCUGUACAUAUGCAUAGAAUGUGCCCUGAAAGUUUCAAAUCGACGGAUCAUCAAACACGAUGUUCACCAACAUCCCCUGACACUAGUAAAAAUGGAAAAGUCAAGCAAGUGCUGUGCUUGUGACAGCCUGAUGUUUGUUCCAAAUAGUGACAUUAAUACCCCGUCUUACAUGUGUACUACCUGCUCAUUUUGGAUACAUGAAGAAUGUGCUUCAUUACCGACAAUCAAAGGACUUGAGGAUCAUGAUCAUGAUCACCCCCUCACCUUGGCUUACCAACUUCCACUUGAAUUUCGACGCUAUAAUUUUGAAUGUGAGUUUUGCAGAGAAGUAUUGAAGCCAUCUAUGUGGGUUUAUUAUUGUGGUCGUUGUAGAUACUUUGUCCAUGUCUACUGCCUAAGCAUCCAUGUCAGAUUUGGGAGUCGCAUAGAUUAUUAUCAUUAUGAUGCUGAAGCUGGUCCUAAUGAUCUGAGGCUGCCCUGCAAUGAUGUGUUCGAUGAAAUGAUCAAACCUGUGAUGGAGAAAAGGAUGAAAGAAGAGUUAAAAUUGUUGCCGGAGAUUAAACAUUUCAGUCACAGCCAUCCGCUAAUCCUUUCUUCAACUCUGCCGGUGGAGAAUGAAAAGGAUACUGAGGAAAUGUUAUGCGAUGGAUGCAUCCAACCAAUUUCAACUCCGUACUACACUUGUGCCGAGUGUAAGUACAUGCUGCACUUAACCUGUGCCAAUUUUUCACCUGAAAGAUUGUGUCAUGUUUGCGAUUAUGGUCACUUUUCAACCCUGAAAAAGUUUAGAAAUGAGUUGGGGUACUUUUAUUGCUCGUGGUGUGAUACUAAAGGUAAUGGCUUUUUCUUCGACUGUGAAGAAUGCCGUAUCAAAGUCCAUUUCAACUGUCUUAUCUUUUCGUUUGGAGAGCAAAUGGUUUACAAACUUCAUAAACAACACAUUUUAUGGCAUGCAAGAAGUUACAGGCAAAGCCCAUCAAUGCACUGUCAUGCCUGUAGAGAAGAGAUAACAAGCUCGAAUCCUUACUAUAGAUGUCGUUGCGGUUUCUUUUUGCAUCAAUGGUGUGCUACUUUACCAGGCGCAGUCAAGCAUAGAUGGGAUAAACACCCUAUUCUUUUGAUGCAUCCACCGUUCAGUGAUCAUCCAGAUGAACUUUACUGUGAGGUUUGCGAAGAUGAGAUACACCCCAAAACUUGGAUAUAUCAUUGUCGCGAAUGUGAUCAAUCUUUUCAUCCUAGAUGCAUUCCUCGACUUGGUAAGGAUGGUAAUGUGAAGUUUGGUAGCACCAUUCAAGUCGCCAAUCAUGAGCAUCCCCUUAGGUCUGUCCGAAAAAGUAGAUACAAAUCUUCCUGCAAUGGUUGUGGUACAAAAUUUAAUGGUGGGAAGGCAUGGGAAUGCGAAGUCUGUAGGUUUUCCUUUUCCUUGUGCUUUGCUUGUGUCUGCCAUGCAAUUGACCCUAGUUAUGUACUCCCUGUGCCCCAUGAUUAAAUAUAUAUUGCAUGGGGAUUAUAUUGUAAGUUCACUCAAAGUCUCAUCAUUGAAACAUUAUAAGCUA